UUUUACGAUACUUCACACGUGUUUAAUGUGCAACAUUUUGGUAUACUACUUGUCAUAGGUAGUAGGGAAGCAGCCUAUAUCUAUGCGAUCAGUUCAGCCGGCGUGACGUUUGCCGUGACGGACGCGUGCAGCCGAGGCACCAUUAGGCAGUGCGGGUGUGAUAAAACUAAAGAAAGCAUCAGCUCCAGAGCAGACUGGAAGUGGGGUGGUUGCUCUGCCGAUAUUAGAUACGGCAUGAGAAUCGCCCGGAAAUUCAUGAAUUCGCGGGAAAUUGAAAAAGAUAGUCGUUCGCUGAUGAAUUUACAUAAUAACAAAGCUGGUCGAAAGGCUGUCAAAAGAAACAUGUUGACUGACUGUAAAUGUCAUGGCGUUUCAGGUUCUUGUACUAUUCGAACUUGCUGGAAGACACUUUCCUCAUUUACGCAUAUCGGAGACUUUUUAAUGAAGAAGUAUCAUACAGCAAAAAAAGUAUUUCCUUUCUGGAACCAGAAAGCAGGGUUAUCCAAGCCCACCUAUCUUCGUGUGCGCACAUCUAAGCAACCAAAUAACAAGCUAAGAUCGAGAGAUCUUGUGUAUUUACAAACUUCUCCUAAUUACUGUGAAGUGGACUUGUCACUCGGUUCACCUGGAACUAAAGGGCGGCGCUGCAACCAGACUUCCAAUGGAAUCGGUGGUUGUGCUUUAAUGUGCUGCGGCCGAGGCUAUAAUACCCACCAGCUCAAACGAAUCUGGCAGUGCAACUGCAAGUUUCAGUGGUGCUGUGACGUUAUGUGCAAUAUGUGCAGCGAAAAACUAGAAGUCUAUACAUGCAAAUAA